UUGGCAUGCUCUAAAGUAGCUAUUUAAUCAUGUUCUACAUUCGUUUCUUGUGCCUCCUUUUAAGUGUUUGUCUGAGCGGGGCACAAUGGGUGUACCCCGCGAGAGCAACACAUAAGUUGAAAUAUCCAGUAGAAUGCCGGUACGACUCUUGCAGUGUGGCACUCGAAGACCUGGACAUGUUGCUCAGACUUCAUAAAUCGCAGGACGACAACGUUCCUUCAAAUAGUGGCCUCAGCAACGAAAUUAUUAUGAAGCUGGUUAACGGUUUGAUAUACAUAGCUACACAGCAAUGUGCUCCUUGUCGACAGGAACCGCACGGAGGUGAUAAUGGUAUCACGACGGAAAGAAAUGAUAAUAGCUUGGAUAAUAAAAUGGGUGAAUUGGGUGGUGGUGGAGUAGGUGGAGGUGGUGUUGGAUAUGGUAUGGGUGGAGGUGGUGGUGGAUAUGGUAUGGGUGGUGGUGGUGUAAUUAGUGGAGGUGUUGGUGGUGGAAUAGGUGGGCGCGUUGAUGGUGGAAUAGGUGGAGGUGGUGGUGACGGAUAUGGUAUGGGUGGAUAUGGUGGGAGAGUUGGUGUUGGAUAUGGUGAUGGAAUAGGUGGAGGUGUUGGCGGUGGAAUAGGUGGUGGUGUUGGCGGUGGAGUAUGUGAAGGAGCUGGUGGCGGAUAUGGUAUGGGUGGUGGAGGUGGAUAUAGUGGUGGAUUAGGUGGUGGAUAUGGUGGGGGAGUUGGAGAUGGAUAUGAUGAUGGAAUAGGUGGAGGUGUUGGUGAUGGAAUAGGUGGAGGUGUUAGUGGUGGAAUAGGUGGAGGUGUUGGGGGUGGAAUAGGUGGAGGUGUUGGUGGUGGAAUAGGUAGAGGUUUUGGGGGUGGAAUAGGUGGAGGUGUUGGUGGUGGAAUAGGUGGAGGUGUUGCUGGUGGAAUAGGUGGAGGUGUUGGCGCUGGAAUAGGUGGAGGUGUUGGUGGUGGAAUAGGUGGAGGUGUUGGGGGUGGAAUAGGUGGAGGUGUUGGUGGUGUAAUAGGUGGAGGUGUUGCUGGUGUAAUAGGUGGAGGUGUUGGCGGUGGAAUAGGUGGAGCUGUUGGCGGUGUAAUAGGUGGAGGUGUUGGUGGUGGAAUAGGUGGAGGUGUUGGCGGUGGAAUAGGCGGAGGUGUUGGUGGUAGAAUAGGUGGGGUAGUUGGUGAUCAGUAUGGUGGUGGUCUGGUGGAUAUCAUGGUGGAGUAG